CUCUCACCGAGACUCAUUUUCCAUGGAUAGAAUGGAACCUGCCUUAGAUUUACCUCAGAAGGCCUCAUUCAAUGGGGCUGAGGAAGGCCACAAGCAAAAUAAUGAGGAAGUAGGGGUGUCAACAACAUUGGUAAGCAAUGGUUGCGUCGAUAUACGAGGGAGAAUUGCGGACAAGCAAAGAACUGGGGGAUGGAAGGCAUCACCCUUUAUCAUAGUGAAUGAGGUGGCAGAGAGGCUAGCGUUUUUCGCAAUUGCUGUGAAUAUGGUGCAGUACUUGGUACUUCAGAUGAACCAGUCGCUUCCAAAAGCUGCCACGCACGUGACUGAUUGGAUUGGAGCUGCCUAUGUUCUCACAAUCCUUGGUGCAUUCCUAGCUGAUGCUUAUUUGGGCCGAUUCAGAACCAUCAUCAUCUUCUCCUUUGUUUACACAGUUGGAAUGGUGUUGUUGACACUCUCUGCUUCCAUAGACAGCCUACGUCCACCUCAAUGCCCCACACGACCUUGCGAACCAGCAUCCCGCGGCCAGACGACAUUCCUUUAUGGCGCACUAGCUCUUAUAGCCCUCGGAACAGGAGGUAUCAAGCCAUGCGUCUCGUCCUUUGGUGCUGAUCAAUUCGACGAAGCAGAUAGAGAGGAAGUGCAGAAGAAAUACUCAUUCUUCAAUUGGUUCUUCUUUGCCAUCAACAUGGGGGCGCUCCUUGGUAUCACCAUAUUGGUGUAUAUACAAGUAGAGAAAGGCUGGAAUUGGGGUUUUGGAAUCCCCACGGCAGCGAUGUUCUGUUCCAUCAUCAUCUUAGCUGCUGGCAUCCCAUACUAUCGUUUCCAGAAACCAAUGGGUAGUGCUUUUACCAGGUUUCUUCAGGUUAUUGUGGCUUCAGUGAGGAACCAUUUUAAAGGGGUAGAAGCGGGGCAUGGUGCUGAACUCUAUGAAGUCAAAACUACAGAGUCAGACAUCUUGGGAAAUCGAAAGAUCGCUCACACCGCCCAGUACAGGUUUUUGGACAAGGCAGCAGUUAUAACAGAUGCUGAAGCCAACACAAAGAGCCGCUGGAGGCUCUGCACAGUCACCCAAGUUGAAGAAUUCAAAUCCUUCGUUAGAAUCCUACCAGUGUGGGCCUCCACCAUAGCUCUCUCCAUUUCGUUCGCCCAACUCUCAACCUUCUUCAUCAGCCAAGCCCACAUCAUGGACAGAAAACUUGGCCCUGACUUCGUCAUCCCAGCCGGCUCCAUUCCCGUCUUUAGCGCCAUGAACGCACUCAUCCUUGUUCCCAUCUACGAGAAGUGGAUUGUUCCCAUUCUCCGCCGCCACACUGGGCACCGCAGAGGCAUCACAUCUCUGCAACGAAUGGGCAUCGGCCUAUUCGUUUCCAUCUUUGCCCUGGCAUCUGCCGCCUUGGUAGAAAAGAGACGGCGUGACCAUUCUAGGGCAUCAACCAUGAGCGUCUUCUGGCUGCUUCCCCAGUUCUUCCUCAUAGGCAGCGCCGAGGUCUUCACGUAUGUGGGGCAACUUGAGUUCUUCUACGACGAAGCCACCGAUGGGACUCGAAGCCUUAGCAGCGCAAUGUUUCUGAGUGAGAUUGGGAUAGGAAGCUGGUUGAGCACUGCCAUCGUUAAGAUCAUCGAAAGCACAACUGGUGGGGAAGAAAAAGGGUGGUUGAGGAAUACUCUUAACACAAGCCGACUGGAUUACUUCUACUGGGUAUUGACUGGAAUCAAUGUUGCUAAUUUCUUCAUAUAUUUGUGGAUUGCUGGGCUUUAUAAGGGGAAAGGCGGUGCAAGUGGGAGUAUAAGAGAUGAGCACAUGGCAGAGCUGGGCGGUGAAGCUGGAAGAGAGGAUGAUAAAGGGGAACUUGGAAGUAAGCUCUUCUAUGAUUACAAAAAUUAAUUCAUCUGUGUAUUAAUUUCUCUUUUACUGUGUGAUAUAUGAGCAAAUUGUCUUAUGCGCAUUGCUACAUAUACAUAACAUUGUUCCUGGUAACUAUAACUAUCAGGCCAGAAAUAAUUUUUAUUAUAAUAU